AUCAUGUGUGCAACAUAUAAGUAUCAUCCUACCACGAGGAGGUCAGUAUGUGUCACAGUAUUGCAGUGGAAGUUACCGGCAUCAUUUGACUAACACAAACAUCGUUUGAAAGUUAAGAAUAUCUUACAGAAUUUUGAAAAAAGUAACAAAAAUAUAAAAAUUGUUAUGUUAAGAAUUAAAAAUAAAAAAGAACAUGAUUGAUUACAAUUAUUAUUUAGUGAUUGUGGGUAAUAGCUUUUAAUAUUUCUAACUAUGAAGAAAUAGUUUGUAUACAUAAAAGUGAUUCAUUUUUAAAGAAAUUACAAAUAAAUAAUAAUCGAAAGAAAAAAGCCAAAGAUUAAAAAAUGUGAUAUGUGAUCAUGUUAAUUAAUUUAGAGAUAUUUCGAGAUUUAUAUUUUGUCGAUUUUCAUACUGUGAAUUGACGUCAAUUUUUUUUGUUAAUUAUUAUCAAUUACUUGUUAAGGAUUAUUGUUCUCCAAUAAUGAGAUGUAUAUUGUGCAAAUGCAUAAGAUAUCAACGAUUAAAAUUAUAAAUUAUUAAUGAUUGAAAUUAUUAAUCAAUUAUACGAAUUACAAAAGACAAUGAAAUUAUAUAAAUAAUUAUUAAUUAAAUUGACAGUAAAACAGAAAUUAAGCAAAGAAGAAAUAUGUAAUAAAAAGUUCUGAUUAAAAACAUACGAUAAAAUACCUAUAUAGAUACAAAAUACAUGCAUUUUGAAAUAUCAAUUAUAGAGGUCGUGAUUAUCUGAAGAUAUCAUGUCGCACAACGAAUUUAUGGAUCUACCUUGAAGAUCAAAUAUGAAAAACUGGAAUAUUUAUAUUUUUUCUGAUGAAUCAGAAACAUUCAAAUCUUUUCAGAUUGGAAAAAGUGAUUGGAAAAAUCAUAAAAUAGUAGGCUAUUUCAUAAUUGAAAAAGAAAGGCUAAAUAACAGCCUCAACAUGAUCGAUUUCCAUUUAUUCGACGAUUGAUCAGAUGUGAUUAUCAUGAGUUGUACAUGUAAAUGUCGAUCGAAUCGGAAUCUAACUUUUCAUCGAUUUAUCGUUUUCUAUCGAUACAUUAUCGAUCGAUCAGCAAGUGAAAUAAAAUUAUAAGUUAAAAAAAUAUUUAUUGAUCAAUAUGGUUGCAUUUAAUUUCAUAAUAAUUAAUCUUUCUAAGAAAGAUUGUUACUAAGAAAGAAUUUCCGGUUCUGAUAUUGUAAUAUUACAUAUAACAAUUCAGUAAGUUUCUUGUUUAUUUUUCAAUCUGUAAUUUGCAUAAUCGCCAAUGAAAACAUUUAUAAAACUAUUAUCAUUCAAUAUUAAUAAUAUGAUUGUAUAAAAAGUUGUUUUUAUGAUUAACGUGUUGUAAAUUAAUAUCAUUAAAAUGAAAAAAUUGAAUUUGCUCUUAGUUAAAAAAGAUUGCAUUCUAUCAUUUGGAUGUACAGAAUGACAGCAUUGAUCAAGAUUGUCGCGAAAUGUGCAUUUUUUUUAAAUAUCAUCGAUGACAGAGAAUUUUUUGGCAUUAUUUAUUAAACUUAAUUAAACGCAAUGGAUAAUAGUGAGCUUCAAGUUGAAGAUGAAACACAGAAUAAUCACAGUAGACGGCAAAGUUUGUCUACUAGCAAUACAAUUAUUACUGAAUCAAGCUCGAAUGAAUCUCAAACAAAUGUGAUUGCAACGGAAAGAAGAAAUUCGCCAUCGAAAGCAUCAUCAACUAGUUCUUCACCCCAAAAAACGACAACCUCAGUAAUAUCAAAUUCUCCUACUAUGAAAAGCGUAAAAAUUGGAAAUAACAAAGAAAUAAUAUACGAAAUGAAUAAAAAUGGUAUUCAAUCAAAUGAGUCGCCAAAAGUUAACAAGAAAUUAUCUAGAACUAAUAUUUAUUCAUCGGGAACAAAUUUGACUGCUCGGGACGCUUUUGGUCCUAAACUUACAGUACCAACAACACCAGAAGAUACACCACCAUUACCAGGAACACCAAUAUUUUCUAAUGAUGUACCAAGAAAUUCUUUGUUACAAAAGGAUUCAUCUUCAGAAACAGAAAUAGAUCCUGAAACACUUUAUUUUCGAGACGGUCGUAGACGCAUUGAUAUGGUUCUGGUAUAUCAUGAAGACAAUAAUGGAGUAAUGACUGAAUUAGAAGCGCGUCGAAAGGAGCAAAGACGUGUUUUUCAACAGAAUUUAUUAAAAGAAGGUUUGCAAUUAGAAUUAGAACCAAAAGAAAAUUCUUUUGACGGAAAAACUUAUUUCUUAAAGUUACACAUUCCAUGGAAAAUUAAGGUUCAAUAUGCUGAAGUAAUGAAUUUGAAAUUACCCACUAAAAGAUUUAUCACUAUAUCUGUUAAAGCUUGGCAAAGCAAUGAGGAUGUAAAAGAAAGUCCGAAAUUUUGGGAAAGAUGGAUACAAUGGAUAAAAGAGAUACAUACUUGGGAUACAAAGAAGUAUCCGGAAGAACCUAGUUUUUAUAAUAGCAUUGAUUCUGGUGAUCGAGAAGAAAGAUUUGUAGUAAAAGAUAGAGAUACAGCUUAUACUCCUGCUCAAAGAUCUUUAAUAGUAAUGCAAAUUUUAUUAAGAGCACGAUAUGAUGAAAAUCACGAAAAAGCAGGUAUCCGAAGACUUUUAGCAGAUGGCACUUAUCUUGAUUGUUAUUCUCUGCACGAGGGUCCGUAUAACAAACCUGGAUUAAGUGGUGAAAAUUUAGAUAGACACUUAUUAUACUUAAUAUGGGCCAGACCUUCGCAAUGGUACAAAAGACAACCUUUAUGGUUAAUCAGACGAUAUUUUGGAGAAAAAGUAGCUCUUUAUUUUGCAUGGCUAGGAUUUUACACAAAAUGUUUAUACGCACCAGCGAUUGUUGGCCUUUUGUGUUUUAUGUAUGGUGUAGGAAGUAUGGAUGGACCUGACAAUGUACCGAGUAGAGAAAUAUGUGAUUAUAAUAUAGCAGCCACGACAUUUCUUGAACUAUGGAAACGAAGACAAGCUGUGAUAAUUUGGGAAUGGGAUCUUCAAAACGUUGAAAGCGAAGAAGAACCUCGACCUGAAUUUGAAACUACAGUAAAAACAUUUCGAAUAAAUCCUGUGACCAGAGAAAGAGAACCUUAUUUACCAGUAUGGUCUAAGGCUUUACGUUCUUGUGCUACGGGUUCUAUAGUAUUUUUUAUGAUAUGCGUUGUUUUGGGUGCUGUACUGGGAACUAUUAUUUCUCGAAUAUCGCUAGUAUCCGUAUUUUAUGAAGGUGGAGGUCCAUUUUUACAGAAACACGCAAAGAUUUUCACCUCUAUGACUGCAGCCCUUAUUAAUUUAGUGAUUAUUAUGAUCCUUACACGAGUGUAUCAUCGUUUAGCACGAUGGAUGGUGAACAUGGAAAAUCCUAGAACACAGACUGAAUAUGAAUCUAGUUUUACAUUCAAGAUAUUUUUAUUCGAAUUUGUCAAUUUCUAUUCAUCCCUUAUUUAUAUAGCCUUCUUUAAAGGAAGGUUUUAUGUUCAUCCUGGAGAUGCCGAUGCAAGAGCUACAGAAUUUUCUCGUAUAAAAACAGAUGUGUGCGAUCCAGCUGGAUGUUUGUCGGAACUUUGUAUACAACUUGCUAUUAUAAUGGUAGGCAAGCAAUGUUUCAAUAAUUUUGUAGAAAUAUUAUCACCAAAAAUGUGGAAUUGGUGGCGUAAAAGAAAUCAUAUUGCUGCUACGAAAGAUCAUGGCAGACCGUACACUUACUGGGAGAAAGAUUAUCAAUUGCAAGAUCCUGGAAGACUCGCGCUCUUUGAUGAAUAUUUGGAAAUGAUUUUACAAUAUGGAUUUGUGACUUUGUUCGUCGCUGCAUUUCCAUUAGCGCCAUUGUUUGCGUUAUUAAACAAUAUAGCUGAAAUACGAUUAGAUGCAUAUAAAAUGGUAAAAGAAGCGAGAAGACCAUUAGCAGAAAGAGUGCAAGAUAUAGGAGCUUGGUACGGCAUAUUACGUGGAGUAACUUACGUUGCUGUAGUAUCAAAUGCAUUCGUUAUUGCAUACACAUCAGAUUUCAUCCCUCGUAGCGUAUAUGCUAUUGUUUACUCACCCACGGAAGAUUUAGUGGGUUACAUUGAUAGUUCUUUAUCAGAAUUUAAUACAUCAGAUUAUCGAGAUGAUAUGAAAAGCGAUAUGGAUACUCAUCAUCCGGAAACAUGUCAAUAUAGAGGCUACAGAAAUGGACCGGACCAUGCUAACGAUCCAUAUGGACUAAGCCCGCAAUAUUGGCAUGUUUUCGCAGCUCGUUUAGCCUUCGUUGUUGUUUUUGAACACAUUGUUUUCGCUUUAACUGGCAUAAUGAGUUAUGUAAUACCAGCCGUGCCUCGUUCUUUGGCAACUCAACUUCAACGAGAACGUUUACUUGCUCAAGAGGCUAAAUAUGAAAAAGGUAUAAAAAGUAGAGAAGACGAUGAUGAUAUUUUAUCAAUGCUUAGAGAAGCAGGUAGCAUUGGAAGAGCUGCAGGUGGUGGUAGAGGUAGUUGGGCAAGACGCUUUAGUAAAUUAAGUGAUGGUUUAGAUGCCCAUGUUGAUGUAGCUUCCAGAUACAAUAGAAACAGUGACGGUUCGACUGUAUGGGAGGUAACAUGAUUUUAAAAUAGAUUCAUAGAUAUAGAGAUUGUAUUACUUUCUUGAGAUACUUAAAAAAUAUUUUUUAAAUGCCUCGCUUAUUUGUACAAAAACUAUUUACUUGUAUCGUUAUGUAAAUAAUAUUUAUGAUAGUAAAAUCCUAUAUAAAUAUCGGAAUAACAAGUACAAAUAAAUAGAAUAUUAAUUAUGAUAUUUUAAAAAAUUACAUAAAAUAUGCGAACAAGAAACAAAAAACAAUCAAAUCAAAUGUGAUGUUGUAAUAAAUGCCAAAUGUAUAUCAAUACUUUUCAAAGAUAUACCGAAAAUCAUUUUAAAAAUUUUUAAUAUUUGAUCAUACGACUAAAUAUAUGUGUGACUUAAAUAAUACUUUCAGUAUUAAUAUAUACGUAAUUACAAAAAACUUCUUUUAUAAUAUAUUGAAUAUGGUACUCUAUUUUCUAUAAAAUUAUUAAUAAAAUUUCUAUAAAAUAAUUUUUAAAUCAUAAUAUUACAUAAUAGAAAUACGAAAGUACUGGUUAAUAAAAAAUAUAAAUAAUAGCCGAAUUGUGUUUCUCUUCAUUAUCAGCUAUUAAAUAUUUUUUAAUGUGAAGGAUAAAGGAUUUUCUCAAAAUUUACACAAUAUACUCUUUAUUGUACAUAAUUUCAAUAUUUCAUUUUCCAUUUUAUGCUUGACAUUAUUACAAUAAUUACUAUAGAAUAUAUUUAUAAUAAUAUACAUGUACAUAUUUACUUUUUUUUUUUGCUAUUGAUUCACGAUUUAUAUGUAUAAUUUUAUAUGCAUAUUGGCAUAUAAUUCAUUCCAUACUGCACUUUCUUGCGUCUUCUGCUUCCUUUUUAAAAUCUAAAAGUGUAUCACAGUUGUGUUGAGGGAUAGAUAGGGAUCUUUUUUUUACUUUUUUCUUGUUUUAAAGAAAAGGAGACCAUUCGGAUGACUGAAAUCGAUACAUAGUCCAUUCAGUCAGAUCUCCGGAUCUGAUGGACACUUGAACUUAAAAUUUGUUAGCCAUAAUUCUAAUAAAUGAAUGCGAUGAAAUGUAUCCUACAUUCCUCAAUCUAUUUAUAUAAUAUGCAAUAUUUAUCCUAUUUAUACAAUCAUCUACAUCUUUUUCAAAAAUAUAUCGUUAUAGGCGUUUAAAUGGCAAAUCAUAAAAAUGUAAUUCAUCAUUUCAUAUGCAAUUUUAGAAGUGAGAAAGAAUCUUCAUAUUUUUUUAUUUGCUUCUUUUUAUUCUAAAUUUUCUACGAAUAAAAUCAUUUGUAGCGAUCCAUCUUAUAAUAACAUAUAUUUUUGUAAUAUUAUUGCUUUUGUGCUAAAUUUACAUUUUUUUGGGCAUUUCGUAGAAAAGUGUGUGUAUAUAUAUACACACAUACACGUGUAUACGCAUACAUACGUGUGAUAAAGUUAUUUAUUAGAUAAAAUGUUUUUUGUAAAUAAAUGUUUUCGCCCCUAUAUUAUUGCAGAAAUAAUUUUUGGUUUUUCUUUGCUUAUUUUUAUCAGUAUGUGUAUUAGAACUAACAUGCAUUAUAUUGCGAUAUAUGAUUCAGAUAUGCAAAAUUAUCAAAGAAAUUCUCUUCUGUUAAUUUAUAAAAAUAUUUUGUAGAUUUGAAUAACAGAGAUUGAUAUAUAUAUAUAUUUUUUUUUUUUUAGUUAGGCAAACUGUACAAAUUUCAUUUUUAGAUAUCUUUCAAAGAUGAAUGGCUUCAACUUAGUUUAUUCAAUCGAACAGGAUAUAAAGCCUUAUAUUUACUAUAUAGUCACUAUAUAGUCACUAUAUAUUUGGUAAAAAAACCUCUAAAAAUAUACUAUAUGCGAUAAAACAUUCUAUAUCCUUUCGAAAAAUAAACUUUCAAUAAAAAUAUGUCACAUAUAUUAAAAAGACAAAUUGUAAAAAGGAAUGUAACAGCAUCUCAUCACGUAUAAGCUAUAUCACGAUAAAAUUUUCGUUGAAUUAUUCUCUCGCAUCAAUGCAUUUACCAAUUAUGCUUCAAAUAUUUGGCUAAAAAAUUGUGGUAAAUACAUUAACAUGGAAUUUUGAAUGCAUUCUUAUGAAAUUUUUUUAUAAAAAUGUUACAGUAUGAAUUUGUAAAAUAUACUGUACAAGCAAAAUAUUCAACUCGACUAAUCCUUCUGAGUGGACUAAAUCUCGAUUUCUAAAUUCCAAAAGAUGCGAUUUAAUUUAGGUAAGAGGUAGGAAGAUGUAACACUUAACUAGAUCCAGGAGGAGCAUUGAAAUUAAACAUGGUAGUUGGUGGACGUCCCGGCAAUGGUUUUGGCGGUAGUCUUGGUGUUACCGAUCCUGAAAUUCAUUAUAAAUAUUGUGAAAAAAUUAUAAUGAAACAAUUAUAUGCAAGAUGAAUUUGGAAAAUUUAAUAUUAAAAUGUAAAAUUUAAAAUAUAAAUUGUAUAAAGAUUUUCAAUUUUAUAUCGGGAUAUUCUUGAUAUAAUCUAAUAUUUUUACCAUUAGGUUGCGUAGGUGGAAGUUUUGUAGGACUGGGCCCAUUGAAAGACAUAUGUCUUCGUGGAUGAACAGUACUCGAACACGUGUUCUCCAACGUCGAAUUCCGCCUAGCGAGUAGCGCUGAACAACUUGGAUUUAACGUUGUAGGAAGGCGAGGUGGUAACAUCACUGGAGGUAAAUCUUUUCGUGGCGGUAAUGGUGGUGGAGACGUACCAUCUCGUGGAGGAAGUAUUGGUGCAUUUGGAGCUUGUCUCGCCUAUAUAUCCAAAAAUAAAUGAUACAAAACAUAUUAUAAUAUAAAAUACAUAAUUUGAAUAAAAAAUAAAUUAAAUGAAUUUUUUUUAAUAAUUUACCUGUUGUGGUGACUCACUAAUAGAACUUUCUCUUUUUCUAUGAGAUCUUGGUGGCAAAGGAGGUGGAGGUUGAAUAGGAGGUAUGUGGUUAGGAGAAGGAGGAGGUGGCAUAGCAGCACUAGGACUUCCACUUGAUGAUGGCAUACCAGUUAAGGCUCCCAUUACACCUAUUGUACCAGAAUUAAAGCCAAAAUGAUUCUGUGGUUGAUGAUGUGGAACUGGCAAAUGACCAGGUGAUCCUAAUUGUGGACUGCUACCUGGUGAGCUGAUCGAAAGUCCCGACAUACUGAGAGGACCUGGUGAACCUGGAGGUUGAGCUGUACCUAUAUUAAUAGUAACAUACAUCUACUAUCUAUCUAAGCAUACUACAUAACAAAAUAAAAAUAAUUUUAUUUAGAAGAAAUAAAAUUUGUAAAAAGCGCAUGCUAAAUUUAAUAUUAUAGUAUACAAACCUCCUAGUAGUACAGGUGCAAAGACUGUGUGGUCCCCUACAUGAGAAACUAUAAUAUGUGAAGUAUGUGGAGGAGUUUCUGGUAAUUCUGGUGGUGGAGCUUCUGGAGGAGGAUCAUGUAAUCUUACACUUGAAGCUACAGCUUGCAAUGGAGCUGGUAAUUUACCGCUUAAACUUCUAGCUUUAAUGCCUGGUGAUUUUAAAUUUAAGUCCGGCCAUUUACGAGACUACAAAAAAAGAUAAUAAUUAGUAAAAAUGAUAUUAUUAUAUGCAUGCUGUACUGUAACAAUUUAAAAAAAACUUACAACUCUAGGAGGUUGUCUACAACCUCUGGGUUCUACUUCUAAACUUUUAUUAUACAAAUAAUUGCUUAUAUCGGCUUCUUUCAUAUUUGGAUCAAAAGGUGACAAAUUCUCAAUGAAAUGUCUUAUUCUAGGCUCCACUAAAAGACAAUACGGUUGAUUUUGAUACUGCUGAAUCUCUCCAGUUAUUUCUGCUACUUUUCGUCGUUUACUAAAGUUUAUAAGUUCUGGACUUCCUCGAAGAUAAUCUGGAUUACCUUCUUCAAUGUGUAAGAUAUUGGUCAGGUACAUGCCUACAAAAAUUUGUAAAAAUUUAAUCAAAUUAAAAAAUUUUAAAAAUUUAACAA